UUAGUCUACUACUCAUAUCAUGGAAUAGUGCUCGAAUGUUGCGUAGCCUUUGAGAUCUUGGAAAAGUGUGCAUGUAUGUCUGGUCUAGAUCGAGGAACAAAACACGCCGUGGCAGGUCGACCUUACUGCCUUCGGCUUAGCGCGGGCGUACAAUCUACUUAUCAACACGUGAAGGCCGCGAUAGCGCUUCUGCCUUCCCACAUCAUCAUCGCGACCUAAUAUACUAGUAUCUACCAACUUCUGCAUCGUUUGAACCAACGAAUACUCAAUAUGGCCGGAAAUAUAGACAUCUUACGGGCCGAGAAUGUUCUGGACCUUUCCCAGAAGGCUCUACAGGGAGACGGAAAUGUGGAAUACAGUCUCAAGACUCCGUACGAAGCGGUUGCGCUCAUCGGCCAUGCAUGUAUGCUGGCUGUCAACUUUCGUCUUGUGGGCCUUGGCGAAGAACACACGAUAGAAAGCUCCUCGGACAGCCCAUCUCUUCCUCCAGGAUGGAACGCAAACGAUACCUUCUCCUUCCGUUAUGCUCAUUCGCAGUCUUCGAUGCAGUAUCUGCUCAAAGUCAGCCGGAUAGGAAAUAAUGCCCUUGUUUUCGCCCUGGCACUGGGAGAUGACAAAACCACUUCCUUUGACCUUCCGGUCAAAGACUUCAUUUCUACGUCCUCUUUGCCUGUUUCAUCAACAACCGAGUCAAACGCCACUCUCCGUGAAGUGUUCAUAUCUACACCGCGCUUGACUGAUUUGAUUGGGCUAUUCAAGAUAAACGUGAUCCAAAAGCUCGCUCCCGGAUUAUACAAGGAAGGAUAUGAGGCCACGAGUCGGUCAGUACGGGAACAGCCACAAGAGAGACCCCCGCGACGCGACCCAUUACGAGAUGAUCAACUCCCACAGCCCGCGCGCCCGUAUCCAUUUGACGACCCCCUGGCGACAGCGCCUCGGCGACCAGUUCCUCCGGGAGACUUUGCACCACCCGGAUUCGAGGAUGAGUUCGAAAUCCAGAGACCGCCUCGCGGAUUUCCUCCCGGCAUGGGAGGCAGAAACCCGCUCAAUAUUGGAGAUCGAGAUCUGUAUCCUCCUGGACUAGGUCCUCAUGACCCUCUCAGAGGGGGCAUUGGACCAGGACUUGGCGGAGGCGGAGGUGGAGGUAUGCACCCAACUUUUGAUGAUCCUCUAUUCGGCGGCCCCCAAGGGGGAGGAUAUGAUCCGCAGGCGCCGCCCGGGGCCCGAUAUGACCCUGUCGGGCCAGGAUUUGGAGCACCUUUCGGGCAAGGGCGCGGGCCCUCCGGAGGACGUGGCGCCGGCGGAGGCGGAUUUGGCGGGUUUGGGUUUGGCGGUGACAUCAUCUAAGCGCGCGGUUAAGCUCCUUGUCGGUCUAACUUAGUCGGGCAGAAAACAGAUUCUACGACAUGAUGACAGAUUGGGAGACAAUAAUUGCCUCCGGUAAUGAAUUUGUAACGAAGGAUUAUGUAUUUUAAUGGUACAGCUCACUGAAUA